UCCUUUAUAAGAAGCUCGUUUCCAUAUAUAUCCGAAAUGAUCCAUUCCCCAAAAGGAUCUGCUCCGAGCAACGAAUAAAGGGAGGACUAGAGAGAAGGGGAGAGGAGGAGAUUCGCAGGGUGGUUUCUGGGGUCUCUGUCGCUCUCGUCUUGUCUGUCCCGUCGCAGUCGCAACGUCGUCGAGGAGGAGAUCGAAGGGAGCUCAGGAAGGACUCUAUAUAUCACGGGAGUGAAGCUAGCAGCGCGUGAUUAGCGAGCAUGGAGCACGGAGGUCACGGCGAGACCAUGGCGCCGCUGUGGAACAUCAUCGUGGUCGCGUCCAUCGCGGCCGGGGUGCAGUUCGGGUGGGCGCUGCAGCUCUCUGCUGACCCCUACAGCCAGCAGCUCGGCAUCCCGCACAUGUGGGCGUCCUUCAUCUGGCUCUGCGGCCCCGUCUCAGGCCUCCUGGUCCAGCCCAUCGUCGGCUACUUCAGCGACCGCACCAAGAACCGGUUCGGUCGCCGCCGCCCCUUCAUCGUGGCCGGCGCCGGGUUCGUCGCCGUCGCCGUCUUCCUCAUCGGCUUCGCCGCCGACCUCGGCCACAUGGCCGGCGACAAGAUCGACGCGAUGAAGCCGCGCGCCGUCGCCAUCUUCGUGGUCGGCUUCUGGAUCCUCGACGUCGCCAACAACAUGCUCCAGGGCCCCUGCCGCGCCCUCCUGGCCGACCUCUCCGGCCAUAACCACAAGCGCAUGCGCGUCGCCAACGGCUUCUUCUCCUUCUUCAUGGCCGUCGGGAACGUCCUCGGCUAUGCCGCGGGCUCCGUCUCCAACCUCCAGUUCCUGCCCUUCACCACCACGCCCGCGUGCGACGUUUACUGCGCCAACCUCAAGACCUGCUUCCUUAUCGACAUCGUCCUUCUCAUAACCGUAACGGCCAUCGCGGUCUGCUCAGUCAAGGAGACCGUGCACCCGCAUAAGGAUGUGGUCACCGGCGAGUCGAGCCUGACGCCGUUCGGCAGGGAGGUGACCACGGCGUUCAAGAACCUGACCAAACCAAUGUGGCUGCUCUACCUCGUGACCGCCCUCAAUUGGAUCGCGUGGUUCCCCUUCAUCCUCUACGACACCGACUGGAUGGGCCUCGAGGUGUGGGGCGGGAAGGCGCAGGGGACACCCGAGCAAAAGCGGCUCUACGACCUCGGUGUCCGCGCUGGCUCCAUGGGUUUGUUGAUCAACUCGGUGGUCCUCGGUUUCGGCUCUCUAGUGGUCGAGCCCGUGGGCAAGCUUGUAGGCGGCGUCAAGAGGUGGUGGGCCAUCGUCAACUUCAUCCUGGCUGUCGGCCUGGCCUGCACCGUCCCCGUCACGAGGGCGGCCGAGGCGUACCGAAGAAUCCACGGCCUUGUCCCGCCCCGCAACAUCAAGGCGGGCGCUUUCGGCAUCUUCUCCGUCCUCGGUAUCCCGUUGCAGGUCACGUACAGCAUUCCAUUUGCCUUGGCAUCGAUCUACUCAUCCAGCGGUGGCGCUGGCCAAGGGCUUUCUUUGGGUGUUCUCAACAUGGCCAUCGUCAUCCCGCAGAUGAUCGUGUCUGUGGUGAGUGGGAAGAUCGACCAGGCAUUCGGAGGAGGGAACUUGCCGGCGUUCAUCAUGGGUGCCAUUGCGGCAGUCAUCAUCCUCAUGGCUCUGUUCGUGCUUCCGAACCCACCAGCAGAUGCUUCCAUCCCCGCCCUCAUGGCUGGUGGUGGACAUUGAUUCGAAACCGAGGCAUCUUGCUGUUCCUUUAGCUGCGAUGAUCUUCCUCUCUUUUCCCCCUGGUCCUUAGCAUGCUUCUUUUGUUCCUGCGGUAUUGCUCGGCUGCAUUGCCCGACUAUUGCCGGAUGCAAAAUGAAGUCAGCUUCGCUGCGGGGCUUCUGUUUUUUCUCGUGGUUCUCGCGGCUUGGUUCCGAUUGUGUAUUUCCCCGAUUCUGAAAUAUAAAAAAAUUAAAAAAAAAAACUUACAAAUAG